AUGUCAACAACCACAACAUCGAUCCAUUUACAGCCUUUAUCGCCGACUGCUAGUGCUCCAGCGUCAGCUCCAGGACAGCAGCCUCAGCCUUGUGUAGCACCUCCAAACAACAUCCCCAACAACAAUCCAGUCAAUGCCAACCUACCGAACGCUCCUCAACAGGCUGCAGCCAACAACCUAGGCGGUGCGGCUCCUGGGACGACCUCAGCAAGGGCGCGCGUCAAAGGCUGGCUGUUCUUCUUCGUCAAAGUACUCGCUGGUGUCGCCGCCCUCGUUGCAACAUACAUCGCUUUAAAUGUCGCCUUGUGGACUUCAGUCAAGGAUUUCCGCGACGACUGUCGGAGUCAGAAUACCACUUUGGGUGUGCUCACCCAAACAUGCCGUACAGCCUUGCGGAAACCACUUUCGCCGCCUCCAUUCCUACCCAAGUCGUUUGGCAGCCAGCGAGUCAAACGAUGGCUGGAAAGUGCCUUGACUUCGUCGUCUCUAGUCCUCGGGACUCCGACACCUCCUUCGAUCAAUGUUGACAUACUCUCCUACGCAGCAGCAGGGCUCGCAGGCGUCGGCUUUUUCCUGUUCAUUGCCUCACUUCUCCAUCAACAAAUUGAUGUCAGCGCUGGUAUGGUAAUGACCUUGAGAAGAGCAAGAAACGAUCAAACCAUGAGGUCUUCACAAAAUCUGGGUGCUGGAAUGUCAAUGUCAUGGGUGGCCAACGCGGUGCCUCGACAGGCCCUUCUGUCAGGAUACGAACAUACUGUACGAAAAAGGCAGCGCAGAUUCGUCCAAUUUGCCGACAAUGGCGAUAGUGAAUGGCUGCCAGCGGGACAGUCAGCUAUGAGGGCGAAUCUCGAAGCACAAUCAACAUUCCGUUCCAGUGACCUGCCGUUAUUGUCGAAUAAAUAUGACUCUUCAUCAGCAACAGCUGCUUCGUCCGUGGCGAAGCAAUCAACUUCCGAUGCUGAAGGACCCGGUCUACAGAUGCGCAAGUCGACUGCGUCGCUCAUCUCAGAAGGGCAGAACUCGUUCUGGGUGUCAGAGAGGACCGCAUCAGAAAGCGACAGUGACUACGGGAUGGACGCAGAUUUCUCCGGUGAAUUGCACGAAGAACCCCUUAAAUUAUGCGAAGAACCUAUGCCUCGCCCAGUCAAUCCCAGCGUCGUUUCCUAUAUAAAAGCUCCACCGAUCGGAACCGAGUUCGAUUCAGUCACCUCCCAGAAUUCUGGCCAGUUCACGAGCGGUACCCCGAACAUGGCGAGGCCAGAUAUGGCGCCCAACGAGGGCCGUGUUCUUCAGACCGCCCAAUCCGAGCCACUCAGCAGGAUGCUUGCCGAAGAGAGCACAACCACGUAUUGGACGCCUUAUGCCGUGGGAGCUAGAACUUGGGUCCAGUCCCGUCCACCUACGAAUCAAAGUGAGGAUCUCCUGGGUCUGAGACGGCCUGAUCCGGGAGACGUACCUCAACCAGAUCACAUUGUUGAUGAUAUCGAUGCGUGA